AUGACAGACGAACAAUACUCCAGUGCUUUAGUUGACACACCACCUGUGACUUCGCAGGCCUUUUCCCUAAAGGCCGCGGAUAAUGUCCAGGUGGUGUCCCUAUCCUUGGAAGAGCUCCAAGAGAAGAAUGAAACGAAACAGAUGGGGGACCCGUUCACUGAAGUUGUUCUUGUCACAAACCAUUUAUUCGGCACCAAACGCAAUCUAAAAGUAAUAGUCAUUGGAGCUGGCGUCUCAGGACUGAACUUCUUUAAGAAAGCCGAGGAGCAGGGGGAAAACUUGGAUAUUGUAUGCUACGAAAAGAAUGCCGAUAUUGGAGGUACUUGGUUGGAGAACCGUUAUCCUGGUUGUGCUUGCGACAUACCCUCUGUUGUGUACCAGUUCCCGUGGAGACCCGCACGCUGGUCUCACUAUUGGUCUCAAUCAGAGGAGAUCUGGAACUAUCUGAAGACGGUUGAACAGGAGAAUAGCUUUGUCGCCAAGUACGUCAAGCUGCGACACCAGAUCGAAUCGCUCUCUUGGAGUGACAACAGGGGCUGCUGGACUGUCAGUGUUAAAGACCUUGAACGCGAUCUCGAAUUCGAGGAUCAUGCUGAUGUGAUUGUUAACUGCACCGGAGUCCUGAACAAUUGGAAGUGGCCUGCUAUCCCUGGCCUACAGACAUUCCGAGGCCCCUUGCUCCAUUCCGCUGCAUGGGACCCUGAGGUUAAUCUGAAAGGGAAGCGUGUUGCCAUCGUUGGCGCGGGCAGUAGUGCCGUGCAGAUAUUACCCAGUAUCUACGAAGACGUUGACAAAAUAUAUACGUGGAUCCGGAGCAAGGUCUGGAUAACGGGAAAUUUCAGCCAGUCUUUCGUCCGGACAGAUGGGGGUAAUUAUUCGUACACGGAAGAUCAACAGAAAAUAUUCGAGGAUGCUAGUCACGACGAAUAUCUGGCUUACCGAAAGAUGGUUGAGGAACCGUUCAACAAGCGCUUUGAAUUUAUUGUCAACGGCACGGGAGUCCAACAAAAUGUCUUCGACCUUUGCAACGAGCACAUGAGAUCCAAACUCAAGACGAAACCUGAGCUUGUCGACAAGAUCGUUCCUACUGACUUUUUCGUCGGGUGCAGGAGGCCUACUCCAGGUUAUGGGUAUCUCGAAAGUCUAUGUGGCUCAAAAACAACAGUUUUCACGGAGAGCUUGAGGAAUGUCACCGAAAGAGGGUUUAUCGACCCUGAGGGCAAUGAGCAAGAGGUGGAUGUCAUUAUCUGUGCCACCGGGUUUGACACCUCUUUCAAACCCCGGGUUCCUCUUCUGGUAAACGGCGUGGACAUGCGCCAGAAAUGGAGCCGAGAACAGCAUCCACCGUCUUAUCUUAGUGUUGGCUUUGCCGGUGUGCCAAACUACUUUGUCUCCGGGGGUGCAUACUUCCCAGUAGCACAUGGGUCCUUUUUCCCUCUCAUCGACUCUUUCUGCAGCUAUACGCUGAAGCUCGUUGAAAAAAUCCAGACGGAGAACAUUGUGUCCAUCAGACCCAAUGAGACCAAGACGAAACAAUUUCUUCAAUAUGCAAAUGCGUUUCUCAAACGUACUGCCUGGAAUGGCCCUUGCUCGUCUUGGUUCAAAGGUGGGACUGUGGAUGGUCAACCUGCACUCUACCCGGGAUCACGACUGAGCUUCAUUAAGCUCCUCGAAAGCCCCAGGCCUGAAGAUUAUGACAUCGAAUACCAGAAUCCUCAGAACCCAUUCUCUUUCCUUGGGCAGGGAAUGCAUGUAUGUGAGAAGGAUGGUAGUGAUCUCACAUGGUACCUUGGUUCACUCGAAGGCGGCGAGAAGGAGAGCGAUGAUUUGCGAAGGAAAAUGGCUGCUCCAGAGUAA